CCUCGGUAAACUUGUUAGCACAUUUGUAUUGGUGCUGUUUAUUUGCGAGCGCUGCCGGCAUUGCUCCUGAUUUAGCUGGGCGCCGGCAAACAUUAGCGAUCAGUCGCACGGCAAACUUCGGUCGAUCCAAUAAUCCCGCAUCGCCUGGAAAUAAAUUCCUUACCACCAAAUUUCACCACCACAAUCUUGAGUAGCAACAGAAUCGCCAGCAACUACACCCAAAACAAAAGAUUAUGGAAGUGCAAGUGGGAUGGCCAAAACUGCUCAAGAUGGGCACCCAGCUGGUGGGCCACAAGAUUCAGCAGUUCCGGCUGGCCACAGGUCACACCGUGACAUUGGACACCAAGUACGGACAGGUUCGGGGACUCCAGCGGAAGACGGUGUACGACGAGGAACCUUACUUCGCCUUCGAGGGCAUACCCUACGCCAAGCCGCCGGUGGGCGAGCUCCGAUUCAGGGCUCCCCAGCCGGCGGAACCUUGGCAGGGAGUGCUCAACUGCACCACGUACCGAUCGAAGCCCCUGCAGAGGAACAUGCUCUUGGGGAUCGUGGAGGGCAGUGAGGAUUGCCUGCACCUAAACGUUUAUGUGAAAACCCUGAAGUCGGAGAAGCCGCUGCCCGUCAUCGUGUGGAUAUAUGGAGGUGGCUUCCAGAAGGGCGAGGCCUCCAGGGACCUUUACAGUCCCGAUUACUUCAUGAAGCAACCGGUGGUCUUCGUCUCCCUCAACUACAGGCUAGGAGCUCUAGGAUUCCUAAGCCUAAAGGACCCAGAGUUGGACGUUCCAGGCAACGCAGGACUCAAGGACCAAGUGAUGGCCCUCCGCUGGAUCAGCCAGAACAUUGCCCACUUCAACGGCGACCCCAACAACAUCACUUUGAUGGGGGAAAGUGCCGGGGCAGCCUCCGUCCACGUGAUGAUGACCACUGAACAAACACGGGGUCUCUUUCACAAGGCCAUCCUGCAAUCGGGCUGUGCCCUGAGCGAGUGGGCGGAGAGUCCGGACCACAACUGGGCCUUCCGGCUGGCGAAGAACCUGGGCUAAGGGGAAGAAAAGGACGCCGAUGUACUUGCUUUCCUAAGUAGGAGUUCGGGCCGUAAGAUAGCGAAUGGCGACCAGGAUGUGAUCACACUGGACGAGAUUCAUAGCUUCCUCCUUUUUGCCUUUGGGCCUGUGGUGGAGCCCUACGAAAGUGACCACUGCGUGGUUCCGAGGCGGCACAAAGAGCUGCUAGCCGAGGCCUGGGGCAACGACUUGCCGCUCAUAUUGGGGGGAAACUCCUUCGAGGGCUUGUUCUCCUACCAACUGGUGAGUGGUGACCCCUGGGUCACCAGAAACUUCCACAACAUUCUGCCCAGGGAAGUGAGUGAAGCCAGCAGCCGGGAGGAGCAGGAUGCACUGGUUAGGCGUAUCAAAAGACACUACUUGAAGAAUGAGCUGCAGGAAACGAUGGACACAUUUGAGGCCUUGUAUAUAUUCUCCCAUCGCCAAGUCUGGCACGAUGUGCAUCGUCUGGUUCUCGCCCGCCAAGCCUACGCCCCCAACACGCCAACCUAUUUGUACCGCUUCGACUUUGACUCCCCGCAUUUUAACCAAUUCCGGCGAUUGGUCUGUGGGGACAAGGUUCGCGGGGUGUCUCACGGCGAUGAUUUAUCCUACCUCUUCUACACUAUAUUAGCCUCAAAGCUGGAGAAAUCUUCGAUGGAAUACAGAACCAUCGAGAGGAUGGUGGGCAUGUGGACCUCGUUUGCCGCCAGUGGUAGUCCCAACUGUCCAAAGAUGGGAACUGCCAAAUGGGAGCCACUUCGGCCAAUGGAAAGUGGCAAGGAACAGUGCUUCAAUAUCAGCCAUGAACUGGAAAUGCGUGAACUACCAGAAGCCGAGUGCAUGGCCGUGUGGGACACCCUUUACCCCAAAGAGGACCUCUUUUACAUUAUUCCAUUUACAUUUGUUAGCAAAACUAAAACCAAACGAAAGCAAUCAAAAAACCACAAUAUUAUGGAAGUGCAAGUGGGAUGGCCAAAACUGCUCAAGAUGGGCACCCAGCUGGUGGGCCACAAGAUUCAGCAGUUCCGGCUGGCCACAGGUCACACCGUGACAUUGGACACCAAGUACGGACAGGUUCGGGGACUCCAGCGGAAGACGGUGUACGACGAGGAACCUUACUUCGCCUUCGAGGGCAUACCCUACGCCAAGCCGCCGGUGGGCGAGCUCCGAUUCAGGGCUCCCCAGCCGGCGGAACCUUGGCAGGGAGUGCUCAACUGCACCACGUACCGAUCGAAGCCCCUGCAGAGGAACAUGCUCUUGGGGAUCGUGGAGGGCAGUGAGGAUUGCCUGCACCUAAACGUUUAUGUGAAAACCCUGAAGUCGGAGAAGCCGCUGCCCGUCAUCGUGUGGAUAUAUGGAGGUGGCUUCCAGAAGGGCGAGGCCUCCAGGGACCUUUACAGUCCCGAUUACUUCAUGAAGCAACCGGUGGUCUUCGUCUCCUUCAACUACAGGUUGGCAGCAUUAGGCUUUCUCAGCCUUAAGGAUCCCAAGUUGGACGUUCCAGGCAACGCAGGACUCAAGGACCAAGUGAUGGCCCUCCGCUGGAUCAGCCAGAACAUUGCCCACUUCAACGGCGACCCCAACAACAUCACUUUGAUGGGGGAAAGUGCCGGGGCAGCCUCCGUCCACGUGAUGAUGACCACUGAACAAACACGGGGUCUCUUUCACAAGGCCAUCCUGCAAUCGGGCUGUGCCCUGAGCGAGUGGGCGGAGAGUCCGGACCACAACUGGGCCUUCCGGCUGGCGAAGAACCUGGGCUACAAGGGGGAAGAAAAGGAUGCGGAUGUUUUGGGAUUUCUUAGCACGAUUUCCGCUCGUCAGAUUGCGGCCAUUGACCAGGACGUAAUCACGCAGGACGAGAUACGGAGCUUCCUACUCUUCGCCUUUGGGCCGGUGGUGGAGCCGUAUGAGACCGACCACUGCGUGGUGCCCAGGAAGCACAAGGAACUGUUGGCCGAGGCCUGGGGCAACGAUAUACCCAUCGUCAUGGGCGGAAAUUCCUUCGAGGGCCUGUUUUCCUACCAAGUGCUGCGAAGUGAUCCGUGGGGCAUGAGGAACUUCCACAACAUUCUGCCGCGGGAAGUCAGGCAAUCCAGCAGUCUGGAGGAGCAGGAUCUUCUGGUUCGACGGCUGAAGAAGCUCUAUUUCAACAACGAGAUGCAGGAAGCGAUGGGGAUGUUUGAGGCCCUAAAUAUAUUUUCCCACCGCCAGAUUUGGCAUGAUCUGCACCGCCUGGUUCUCGCCCGUCAGAGCUACGCCCCCAACUCGGCCACCUACCUGUACCGCUUCGACUUCGACUCCCCGCACUUCAAUCAGUUCCGGCGAUUGGUGUGCGGGGAUCGCAUCCGCGGGGUGGCCCAUGCGGAUGAGCUGUCGUAUCUGUUUUACAACAUCAUAGCCUCCAGGCAGCAGAGGUCGUCGAUGGAGUACAGGACCAUUGAGAGGAUGGUGGGCAUGUGGACGUCGUUUGCCGCCAGUGGGAAUCCCAACUGCCCGGAACUGGGAUCUGCCGAAUGGGAGCCAGUCCGUCCUUCAGGAAACGACGUGGAGCGGUGCUUCAACAUCAGCUGUGAGCUGGAAAUGCGGGAGUUGCCGGAGGCCGAGUCCAUGGCCGUGUGGGAUUCACUCUACUACAAGGAGUCUCUCUACUAGUCCGUAAAUUUGUGUCUUACUUGUGUGUGUAAGUUGCAUAGCUCUAAGUAACGUUUUGAAAUAGACAUACAUUCUUUAAAAAUUAUUAAAAAUCGCUUUAAUACAAUUUGUUCCUUAAACGCCUCUUAAGUUGCCAUAUUGUCUAUUUUAAUUGCCUUAUCAUUUAUUUUUUCACAAAACAUUAUUGUUUUAAUUUUGUAUUUUUUUUCUAAUCGACUUGCCAAAAUAAAAAUGUACUGAUACAUGAAUGAUUUGUAUUCGGUCAUAUUUUGAACUACCGAAUCUAUAAAUAUGAAAUUAGAGAUUAACACAUUACGUUUUCUAUUUUUAAUUCUAUAAAUAAAUGGUUAUUGGUUAUCUGGACCGAAAAAUGUACUAAUUUUUAAACCAAA